AGGAGCCGGAGCCUCCGAGUCCGGUGGGGCGAAACGAACAGAAGGCGCAAGAUAGCCACGCCCACAUUUUGAAGUUUGAGUUACAAGGAAGAGCGCAACAAGGGCGGGCGCCACAGGGGGGCACAGAUUCAAUGAGUUCCAAAGAAAAUUGCAGAAACGAGCUUCGUACUGCAGUCCGUCAGCUCAGUGAUCGUUGUCUCUACUCUGCUUCUAAAUGGGCAGCGGAGCAAUUGGUCGGUAUCGAGCAAGAUCCGGCGAAGUUCACGCCUUCUAACACUAGGUUUCAGCGUGGAAGCUCUAGUAUUCGUCGGAGAUUUCACACAAAUGAGGGGUUUUCGACCCCAAUUGCUGGCCUGUCUUAUGUACCUACUCCGGUGAUGGAGGAGGAUGAGAUUGUGGAUGGUGAUUUUUACCUUCUGGCCAAGUCAUACUUCGAUUGCCGUGAGUAUAAUAGGGCUGCUCAUGUUCUUCGAGAACAAAGUGGAAAGAAAUCUGUGUUCCUGCGGCUGUAUGCUCUCUAUCUGGCUGGUGAAAAGCGGAAAGAAGAAGAGGUAGUAGAACUUGAGGGAUCAUUGGGAAAGAGUGAUGCUGUAAACCGAGAAUUGGUUUCACUGGAAAGGGAGUUAUCAACCCUUCGAAAGAAUGGUAUAAUUGACCCAUUUGGACUGUACUUGUAUGGACUUGUACUCAAGCAGAAAGGCAGUGAGAAUCUUGCACGCACAGUUCUCAUGGAGUCAGUGAACAGCUACCCUUGGAACUGGAGCGCAUGGUCAGAGCUGCAAGCCUUGUGCACUACAAUUGACAUAUUGAAUAGCCUCAAUCUCAAUAACCAUUGGAUGAAGGACUUCUUCCUUGCCAGUGCUUACCAAGAACUCAGGAUGCAUAAUGAAUCCUUGGCAAAAUAUGAGAACUUACAAGGUACUUUUAGUUUUAGUAAUUACAUACAAGCUCAAAUCGCAAAAGCCCAAUAUAGUUUAAGGGAGUUUGAUCAAGUUGAAGCUAUAUUCGAAGAACUUCUUCGAAAUGAUCCAUAUCGGGUGGAAGACAUGGAUAUGUAUUCAAAUGUGCUCUAUGCAAAGGAAUCCUUCUCUGCCUUGAGCUACCUUGCUCAUAGGGUUUUCAUGACAGAUAAGUAUAGACCUGAAUCUUGCUGCAUAAUUGGAAACUACUAUAGUUUGAAGGGACAGCAUGAGAAGUCAGUUGUGUAUUUCAGAAGGGCACUCAAAUUGAACAAAACUUAUUUAUCUGCUUGGACUCUGAUGGGACAUGAAUUUGUGGAGAUGAAGAACAUUCCUGCUGCCAUUGAUGCCUAUCGAAGGGCUGUGGAUAUAAAUUCAUGUGAUUAUCGAGCUUGGUAUGGAUUAGGGCAAGCUUACGAAAUGAUGGGCAUGCCUUUCUAUGCUCUCAAUUACUUCAAGAAAUCUGUAUUUUUGCAGCCCAAUGAUUCUCGGUUGUGGAUUGCCAUGGCUCAAUGUUACGAAAGCGAACAGCUACGAAUGCUGGAGGAGGCAAUCAAGUGUUACAGAAGGGCUGCAAAUUGUAACGAUAGGGAAGCAAUUGCCCUGCACCAGUUGGCUAAACUGCAUUCUGAGUUGGGGCAGUCUGAAGAGGCAGCAUUUUACUACAAGAAGGAUUUAGAGAGAAUGGAAGCUGAAGAGAGGGAAGGACCGAAUAUGGUUGAAGCUCUGCUUUUUCUUGCUACAUACUAUAAAACAGAAAAGAAAUUUGAUGAAGCAGAGAUAUACUGUACACGGCUUUUGGAUUACACUGGCCCGGAGAAGGAAACGGCUAAGGAUUUACUCAGAGGAAUGAGAAUGGCCCAAUCUACAUUUCCAUCUAUGGAUGUUGAGCUCUUCCCUCCUUAAGUUUUCUCCAUUUGAACACCUGAUUUUCUAACGUCUGCUUCCAAUAUUCAGAAACAAGCACCCAUUGGUCCAUAUUGAACGAUAUACUGCAACGUGUUCGGCAUAGCGAUCUUCAUUUUAUUCGAAUUUCCAACAUCGAGGUUAGCUGUCGUCACUGUUCAAUGUUUUAUCCAAUUGUAAUGAUGUUACUCUCUAGCAUGGCUGGCUUAGCAUUCUGGAGUGCUCAGAAGGAAGAGCAUUUUGUGCCUUGAGGAAUCAGUUUUCUGUUGUAUCAUUGUCGAUUAAUUCCUGUAGUCUGAAGUUAGAAACAAUUCUAAUUAUUUCAAACCGCAUUUUUUGUGAUCAUUUUAAUGUGCAAUACAAGAAGUUGGGCAAUUUAUGCACAUUGAGAAAGAGUGGUGCAAUAGGUAUAUAUGUGACACAAUUAAACAAA